AAAAACUCAAAUUUUCCCACACGUAUGAAAACUGUCCAAUGGUUCGAAUCUUAGCUGCAGUAAUGCAACAUUGGCAUCAUCAGACCGAGUACAUCAACAACGCGAUAUAAGCCGUUCUAAAAACGAACAUUUAGAACAGAGAAGUGUCAUCAAAGUCACAUGCGUUGUGCUGUCGUUGUUCUACUGUCGUGUGCCCCUUUUUCGAAUAUUUCGGUUAAAAAUUAAAUUUUUUUGUAAACAAAUAACGAUCAAACCGUUGCGAAUGUACUCCACCAGAUGAUGGCCGCAUCAAAGCAGUUUAAUAUGGGUCCAGUUUUCCGAUGUUCGACAGAUAUCGAUGGUUAUGAAGAGUUGAAUGUCAUAGGUACCGGUGCAUACGGUACGGUUUAUAAGGCUAGAGAUAGGAAAAAUGCGGAUCAAAUAGUGGCGUUGAAAAAGGUUCGAGUCGCGUUAACCGAAGAUGGAAUACCGAUGAAUACGUUGCGUGAAAUCGCUUUACUGAAACAAUUGGAGCAAUUCAAGCAUCCGAAUAUUGUGAAACUUUUGGAUGUUUGCCAUGGUCAGAGACUGGAACGUGAAAAACAGUUGGUGUUGUUCUUAGUUUUCGAGCACUUGGAACAAGACUUGUCCGGUUAUAUCGAUUCACUUCCCAGUUCGGGAAUGCCAGCACGCACCUUACAGAAAUUAGCUAGAGAAUUGUUGACUGGCGUCGAUUUUCUUCACUCACAUCGAAUAAUUCACAGAGACUUAAAACCACCGAAUUGCUUAGUAUCUUCCACCGGCGAAUUGAAGCUAGCAGACUUUGGAUUAGCCAAAACGUAUGAUUUCGAAAUGAAGCUAACGUCAGUGGUCGUAACUUUAUGGUAUCGAGCACCCGAAAUAUUGCUCAGCCAACCAUACAAUAGUGCGGUGGACAUAUGGAGUUCUGGUUGCAUUAUCGCCGAAAUGUUUUCAAAGGUAGCACUGUUUCCCGGUCAAUCGGAGAAGGAUCAAUUAGACAAAAUUUUCACAUUAACUGGUCGGCCGUCAGUAAGUCAGUGGCCAGCAACAGUAUCGUAUUCAAGAGAUAGUUUCCCGCAUCGAUUACAGCGUCAGCCUCGCAGUCUGUGUCAUCAGUUAUGUGAAUACUCAAACGAUUUGUUGUCUCAAAUGUUAGCUUAUGAUCCACGCGAUCGGCCGUCAGCAUUUGCAUGCUUACAACAUGCGUAUUUCCAACAAGAACCAUUGUAGCCGAUUGCUGGCGUGUUCCAUAAUACAACAGCUCCAGCAUUUCAACAUAAUAAUUAUUCUGAUCACCAAGGUUUGUUCGUUUCGUUUUGAGUUUCAUUUUUCUAUGUUCAACGAAUUGUGAUAGGAAUUUUCGGAGGAUUUUUUUUUAUAGUCAAAAAUGAAGAUGAAAAUGAAUGACAAAAUAAUUUUCGAUUUAAUAGUAGAAUCUGAUUAAUAUAGAGACUGGGUAACAUUUACUUAAAAGAAAACUGAAAAGAAACCGAGACUAUUGACGCUUUGAUGUUGUAGUUAAGUGAUUGAAUUAUCCAAUUAAUGUGCACACCGCCACAAUUUCUUUAUAUUCACACUGUAAUGCACUGGAACUUGUACCGUAAUUUGAUAAAAAUAUUUAAGGAAAUCCGUUUGAAUUAUAUAGAAAAGUGGGUAACCAAAAAAAAGAAAGAAAUUAGCAUAGAGGCCAACAGCAGCCUUGGUUUCUUGAGCGUUUUUAUUAAAUAAUGGUUCAAAUUCACUGUGCACUUUGUCAUUCAAAUGAUAAAUAAAAUUGACAAAUUUCCGGGUCGGAAACACGACUUUUUAGAAAU